UAAUCAAACAACAAGGACAUAAUGUUCAGAAUGGAUACACAGUUGCUACAUACGUACUCUACUGUGAAACCUGACGCGUUGUCAUCUGAAGGGCCCGACUCUACAUAUCAAGCAGUUUGAGCCGGUGAGAGUGUGUGUGUGUGAGUACAGACUGUGAGUUUAACAUUAAAUGCUUUUGUCGUCACAAACAGCUGGAUACUACUCGGCUAGCAAGCUCUAGCAGAGCAGCAGCGUCCGUAGAAAGUGUCGGAUCAAAUCCACGGAUGUGUCACUGCAUGUGAUCAGUGAGGAUGAGGAGCCGCAGUAACUCAGGAGUGAGGCUGGAUGGCUACGCCAGGCUGGUCCAGGAGACCAUCCUGUGCCACCAGAACCCAGUGACAGGACUUUUGCCCGCCAGUGCCCAGAAGAAGGAUGCCUGGGUGAGGGAUAAUGUGUACAGUGUCCUGGCUGUGUGGGGGCUGGGCAUGGCCUACCGCAAGAACGCAGACCGCGAUGAAGACAAGGCCAAGGCCUAUGAACUGGAGCAGAGUGUGGUGAAGCUGAUGCAGGGACUUCUGCAGUGCAUGAUGAGACAGGUGGCCAAGGUGGAGAAGUUCAAACACACCCAGAGUACUAAGGAUUGCUUGCAUGCCAAAUACGAUACCCCCACCUGUGCCAUGGUGGUCGGGGACGACCAGUGGGGGCAUCUCCAGGUGGACGCCACCUCGAUUUACCUGCUGAUGCUGGCACAGAUGACAGCCUCAGGUCUUCGUAUCAUCUCUAACCUGGAUGAGGUAGCCUUUAUCCAAAACUUGGUCUUCUACAUAGAGGCUGCCUACAAAGUGGCGGAUUAUGGGAUGUGGGAGCGAGGUGACAAGACCAACCAGGGAAUCCCCGAGCUCAAUGGCAGCUCUGUAGGAAUUGCUAAGGCAGCUCUAGAGGCCAUAGAUGAGCUGGAUCUUUUUGGGGCCCAUGGAGGGCCGAAGUCAGUCAUCCAUGUUUUGCCUGAUGAAGUGGAACAUUGUCAGUCCAUCCUGUGCUCCAUGCUACCAAGAGCCUCAACUUCAAAGGAGAUAGACGCCGGCCUUCUGUCUGUCAUUUCCUUCCCUGCUUUUGCUGUUGAGGAUGCUGACCUGGUCGCCAUCACUAAGUCAGAAAUCAUAAGCAAACUGCAGGGUCGCUAUGGCUGCUGCCGCUUCAUCAGGGAUGGAUAUCGUUGUCCUAAAGAGGACCCAUCUCGGCUGCACUACGAUCCUGCAGAGCUCAAGCUGUUUGAGAAUAUCGAAUGUGAGUGGCCUGUCUUCUGGACUUACCUCAUCCUGGACGGUAUCUUUGCUGAAGAUCAAGUGCAGGUGCAGGAGUACCGUGAGGCACUGGAGGGCAUUUUGAUCAGAGGGAAGAAUGGCAUCAAACUGUUGCCUGAACUUUAUGCUGUACCACAUGACAAGGUGGAGGAGGAGUACAGCAAUCCUCACUCAGUGGACAGAGUGGCCAUGGGGCAGCUGCCGCAUAUGUGGGGACAAUCACUCUACAUCUUGGGCUGUCUUUUGGCCGAGGGUUUUUUAGCACCAGGAGAGAUAGAUCCGCUCAACAGGAGGUUCUCUACAAACUUCAAGCCAGAUGUUGUGGUACAAGUUUGUGUUGUAGCAGAGUCGGUGGAGAUCCAGAAGUUGUUAAGUGAUCAUGGGAUCAUGGUCCAGACGAUGUCAGAAGUUCUGCCUAUCAGGGUCAUGCCUGCUCGCAUCCUGAGCCAUGUCUAUGUCAAACUGGGGAGUUGCAAGAAACUGAAUUUGAGCGGGAGGCCCUACAGACACAUUGGAGUUCUGGGAACAUCCAAAUUCUAUGAAAUCAGAAAUCGCUCUUAUGUAUUCACCCCACAGUUUCUGGAUCAUCACCACUUCUACCUGGCACUGGACAACCAGAUGAUUGUGGAGAUGUUACGAACAGAGCUGGCCUAUCUCUCCUCCUGCUGGAGGAUGACAGGACGGCCCACACUCACUUUCCCCAUCACCCGCAGCAUGCUGAUUGAAGAUGGAGAUACGAUUGAUCCGUGUAUCCUAUCAACCCUCAGGAAACUUCAGGAUGGCUAUUUUGCUGGAGCAAGGGUGCAGAUGUCAGACCUCUCCAGUUUCCAGACCACUUCAUUCCACACUCACCUCAGCUUCUUGGAUGAAGAGAACGAUGACAGCUUACUCAAGGAUGAGGAUGAGGAAUAUGGAGAGGAAUAUAACAACUGUGGGCCCGCAGAGGGCUCAAAAGACAUGUUUGACCAGUACCUCACACAGCUCCUCCACAGCACCACCACCAUGUGCCAUCUACCUCCCAUCCAGACGGGGCAGCACCAUGUCUUCAGUGCUGAACACACCACCAGAGACAUCCUGUCUUUUAUGGCCAAGGUCCAGGGCCUGAACAUGCCCAAGUCUUCCAUGUAUCUACCUGUGACUCCUAUUAAGAGCAAACACCGCAGAUCUCUCAACCUACUUGAAGUUCCUCAUCCUCAGCAUGGCCCACAUGUAAAGCAGCACAAGUCCCACAGUGCUGCUGAUCUGCACCUGCCUCGAGACUCUCAGGGCAACACAGACUUUUCAAUGUUGGUGAGGCAGCUGAAAGAGUGUCCAACUCUGCAGGACCAGGCUGACAUACUCUACAUCCUUUACGUAAUGAAAGGAGCUGAUUGGCCAGUGGAGUUGUCAGGUCCUGGGCAGAGCGGGGUCAGUGUGCGUUCCCUGCUGGAGGAGCUGUAUGUACAAGCUGGAGCCUGCAAAGAGUGGGGUCUCAUCAGAUACAUCUCUGGAAUACUACGCAAGAGAGUGGAGGUCCUCGCUGAGGCUUGCACAGAUCUGAUUUCCCAUCACAAGCAGCUGACUGUAGGUCUACCUCCUGAACCCAGGGAAAGAGUCAUCACAGUCCCACUUCCUCCCGAGGAGUUGAACAAUCUCAUCUAUGAAGCCAGUGGUCAGGACAUCAGUAUAGCUGUACUCACUCAGGAAAUCAUGGUCUAUCUAGCCAUGUAUGUGCGCUCCCAGCCUGCUCUGUUUGGGGACAUGCUCCGGCUCAGGAUAGGCCUCAUCAUGCAAGUGAUGGCCACUGAGCUGGCUCGCAGCCUGCACUGCUCUGGGGAGGAGGCGUCUGAGAGUUUGAUGAGCCUGAGUCCUUUUGGCAUGAAAAACCUGCUGCAUCACAUCCUCAGUGGCAAAGAGUUUGGGGUGGAGAGGAGCAUGCGACCAAUCCAGUCAACAGCCACUAGUCCUGCCAUCUCCAUCCAUGAACUAGGCCACACUGGAGCCACCAAGACUGAACGCACAGGAAUACACAAGCUAAAGAGUGAGAUAAAACAGCUGGAUGACUCUCGGCCUCUCAGUAUCUUCAGCGGCAGUCUUUCGUUGAGUAGCAAUGUCACGUCUCCUCGCUCCACGCGUUGCAGCAGCCCCUCCACCCCCAGUGGGAUCCUGUCCCCAGUGGGCCCUGGUCCAGGAGAUGGACAGUUGCACUGGGAGGAGAGGCAAGGCCAGUGGCUGAGGAGACGCAGGCUGGAUGGAGCUAUCAACAGAGCACCAGUGGGUUUCUACCAGAAGGUCUGGAAGAUCCUGCAGAAGUGCCAUGGCCUGUCCAUCGAUGGAUAUGUGUUGCCCUCUUCUACCACAAGAGAGAUGACCACGGGAGAGAUCAAAUUUGCGGUGCAGGUGGAGUCUGUCCUGAACCAUGUCCCUCAACCAGAGUAUCGCCAGCUGCUAGUGGAGACUGUGAUGGUUCUAGGCCUGGUAGCUGACGUGGAUGUGGACAGCAUCGGUGGCAUUAUCCACGUGGACCGCAUCCUGCAUUUGGCCAAUGACCUCUUCCUCAGUGACCAGAAAUCACACAGUGCCAGUGAUUAUUUCCUCGAGAAGGACCCAGCGACUGGAAUCUGCAACCUUUUCUACGAUAGUGCCCCCAGUGGCAGCUAUGGCACCAUGACCUAUCUGUCCAAGGCGGUGAUCACUUAUGUCCAGGACUUCCUGCCACGUUCCAACUGCCUGAUGCAGUGAAAAAGCAGGCUAGUGUGUCUUGCUGCUCCUGUCAAACACCUGGAAGAGACAUGUUUUAUAACUAAAGGAUCAACUGUCCAAAGGCAGCAAAGCUUCUCAUUAUCAGCUCAUACAAUUCAUGUGGUGCUUGUAACUAUUUACUCUUCAAUAAACGCUGUAGCUUUCAUUCACUGAUGUAACACCAUAGCCUUGACAGCUGAUUGCAAACCACUAUAUAAGAAUUUAUUUUUUCUUUGUGAAUCUGUACCGUGAACUUAUUUAUUACUUAAACAUGCUGCUCAAAUGUAUGUUUACAGGAUUUACUUACAUGCAUUUUGUGUAAAUUGAAAUUUGCAUCUCUGUGCUCUUGGUGUUGUGUGUGAGAAUAUUAUAUCAACAGUUAUCUGUCUUGUAAUUGAAUAUGUCUUAUGUUUCAAUUCUACUGAGCCCAGCAGUUAUCAGAGUAAACAUUCUGAUCAUUUCUGUGCACAAAUUAUUAAUUAUUUCCCUCAAAUCAAUAAUUUGUAGUUCUACUGUUAAACUGUACUGUUUUCUACCUCUGUUACUUUUUUGUUUUUAUCUGUAUUUAUUGAUAUGAUAAUUUAUUGUUUUACAGUAAUUGCUGACCUAAAUAUGUGGGGAAAAUAAUAAAAUAUCAAUCAUAAAACAAUUUGGCCCUCAAAUUACUUGAUCCCCCCCACAAAUGACUAAUUUGUGCAUAUGAAUUAGCAAAAAUUUGACCUCUGAUAGUUUCCAGGCUAUUUAAACAGUAGUUCAGUGUUGAUGAUACUGAAACUUGUUGUAGUCUUGUAUUAACAUUAACCUGUAUGGGAACAAGAAUCCUAGUUUUCCUUGAGUGCUAAGAUGUUUUUGUCUUUGUAUAUGUGUUGUGUGUUUUGUACAAUGAAUGAAAAUUAAUCCAUCUGUCUGCAUAUGAAUGUCAAGGUUUUGCUACAGAUAUGGCGGUUCAUUUAUGUACUGUGAAUUUAAGUUUAUUUCUGGUAUAUUGGGGUAGAAUUCUGCUUUAAUAAGUGAUACGUUUAAUAAGUUUAGAAGUGUAUUAUAUGUAUACAGUGUGUGUAUAUAUACAGUAUAUGCACAAUGUAUACGUAAAGAAUGAAAUGGCAGUACAGCCAGAUAUUGGUAAAGUACCAGAGAGGUCUGGAGUAUGUUGAAUAGGGUCUUAGAGCGUUUCCCAUACUUGAGGAAAAAAGUUUUAAACUUUCAUUCCAGUGCUUUGAUUUUGAAAGCAAAACAGCAAGAAACAUGUUAAAAUGUUGAUAUAUGGCAGUACUAACCCUAACCCUGAAUAUACUACUAUUACUGUUAUAAUACAUUAUGCAGGUUACCUAUUUAACAUUUAAAGACCUGUUCAAUUAUUUUAACAAUGCAGUUACUCGUCAUUUCCAUCAGAAAAGUAUGUUUAUUAUGACAUUUCAAGUGUGUUCAUACAACAAUAAAAUCAUUUGACCAAU